AGGAAAGUAAUAUUGGAUUUAUUUAUUUUUAUUUUUAAGUGGGGAAUACAUUGAAUUAUUAUCUCAUACAUGUUUUCGUUUGAGCUGAAAUAUGUGUUUACAUUUUCGUACCCUACUUCCCAUGAUGCUCUCGAGCGGGUAAUUCAGAAGGUUGCUAUACACUAAUGUUAUUACUCUUCAUAUGAUUGAAAUCAGCGCUGCUUUAACAAAUUCUGACUGUUCUCUAAAAUCUCUUAUGCAAUUUAUUGGACCCCAGUUUAAAUGAGUGGAGAGGACCGAGUACAAUGCGUUUCCCACGCUUUCCUUGGAGAGAUCCUUUCAUUCAAAAUGGUUCAAGCUCAAAUUAUGAGUGGAAAAGGUGAAAGAAAGUCUGAUUUGCAUUUUAAAAGAAAGACUUUCAGUCAAGAAGAAGGCAAGUUUGUGUGUACCUCUGAAGGAAAUGCCACUUUCUGCAGCCAUAGUACGGUGACCACAGAAAUAGUGUGCUUCUCCACUGUUACUGUUUCAGAAAAUGGACUAUCAGAACCCUGUAUCCUGCUGAAACAUAACAGCAAGAAAAGGACAAAUUUCAAAUACUCUUUGUUGCUCUUCCACUGUACAAAUAUACUUGAGCCAUGUUUAGAGUUUAAAUUACAGUAUGAAGUAACUGACAAUGUUACAGUGUUGAAUGGACCAACAGUUCUAUGGACUCAUGGAAACAAUGUUUAUUGUGUAUCUUCAAAAUCAAACAUAAUUUCAAUCGUCCCUGUGUCUUUCUCGUCAGUGAAGUUUAUUGGAGAAAUAAAAACAAAAGGGAUUGCUAUUGUUGGAGUUCGAGAAUGUACAGCAGAAGAAGAACAUGACAGUCAGUCUGACCAGGCUGUUUGGGGUAAUGAAUUGAUUGCGUAUUUCUUGGAAUCCCAAAGUAUAUUUGAUGGAGCUCUGUUUCUGCCUCAUGCAUACAGUGCCGUAGUGACAAGUUUGUUAAUCCUAACUGUCGAAGGAACGGAAGAUAAUCUUGAAACUUCAGUUAUUGCAGCAACCAGCAAAAACCAGUUAAUAUUUUUUGAGGGUGGCAUGCCAAAAAAAGUCUGCCAACUUCCAUUUGAUGGACCAAUUGACAUACGCCAAGCCACAACAGGUAGAAAUGAGGUUUUGUUUGUUGUGGCAUUUAGUUCUGGAAAGGUCUGUGCAGUACGGAAAGAGUGUUGGCAGGUUGUGUCCAGCUGGCAGAAUGUCCAGGCAAUGCACAUUGAUGAUUUUGCUUGCUGUGGGUCAGAUCAGAUUUUAUUAAUUUUUGAGAACUCGUCCAUCAUUGAAGAUAAUUUGGAGAAUUUUACUUUGACAGAUGUUUGUGAGAUUACCUUCACAAAUAACAGUGAAAACUGCAAUUUGAACAUUGAUAAUACACUACAGGAAAACUACUUUAUCACAAUGCAAGCAUUAGAAGCAAGACUACAGUCCGGCUUGGUCUUAAUUGAAGAACUGCAAAAACAAUUGGAAGUCAAAGACCAAAUACUGAUGAAAUCUUCUAAAGCAUUAAUGAAUCUUGUCUAUGGACAAGAGUAUUCCUUGUCAGAUGCUGAAGAGGAAGGAUUGGUCUCAUUGUGGGAUGAGGAAAGGAGUUCUCAGAGCUCGAGUUCUGAAAUUCUUGCUGUGCCCAAGAAGCUUCCUGAUCUUGUAGACAAGGUUUGGCAGAGAGUGAUAGGUGACAGCUGGGUUGUGGGAGUGAAUCUGAAAGAUGCAGCUUACUUAUCACUGGAUGACAUUAGUUUGUCACUUUUGAUGGACAAUGAUAUCUGCACAGCAGCACCUGUGAUCCAGUGGAACAGUAAUAUGCUACAUUUCAGCAAGAUUUUGCCUUUUGUGUCAUUUCGUCCAUGCCAGGCAGAACCGAACCCUAAAAGAAAAAGGUUUGAACCAAGUGCUACAUUUUCAGGUUCUGCCUAUGAUGAAGAAUCCUUUUCACAAAUCCAAAAAAGUGAGCUAUGGGCAGUUAUUGCUGUUACAGACCUGUCACAUUUCCUGGCUUUUGGUGACCAGAAUUGUACUGUCCUGCUCCAUGCCACUUUGAAGGAAAAUCCCCAGGGUGGUUGGAAAGGAGGAGAUAGAGUUAUAUUCCAAUGCAGUACUAUUCAUUUCAGUAUGGAAGAUAUUACUCUUGGAAGAUAUUUACCCAAGCUUAUGAUGAACAGUGAGCUUCUGACAGGUAAAACUAUUAUCUUAUUGAGAUAAAUAGUCAAAAAAAUCUAUGAUUCAAAUAUG